GGGGAGUGUGACAGCAGCAGAGACAAUGAGAAGGACGACUUCGGGCUUGGCCUGAAGGAGGGGCCCUCCUCGGGCGCGUUUACUUUGAAAGGAAUGCGAUGCUAAUUCUGGGGCAUUGAUGGUUUACAAUGCCUGAUCAAGACAAAAAAGUGAAGAACACAGAGAAAUCAGCCGAUAAGAAACAAGGAAUCACCACCAGGGACUAUUCAGAUCUAAAAAGACUUCGGUGCCUUUUGAACGUUCAAUCAAGCAAACAACAGCUCCCAGCCAUUAACUUCGAAAGUGCGCAGAGCAGCAUGACGAAGUCUGAGCCCGCCAUCGGGGUGGCCGGGCACAGGGCUCGAGGGCAGUGGCACGAGUCCACGGAAGCCGUCGAACUUGAAAAUUUUAGUAUAAACUACAAGAAUGAGAGAAACUUCAGCAAACACCCCCAGCAUAAACUCUUUCAGGAGAUUUUUACAGCCUUGGUGAAAAAUAGACUCAUAUGCAGAGAGUGGGUUGAUCGAGCCCCGUCUCUCCAUUUUCUGAGAGUGUUAAUUUGUCUGAGGCUGCUCAUGAGGGAUCCGUGUUAUCAGGAAAUACUCCAUAGCUUGGGUGGGAUUGAAAACCUCGCUCAGUGCAUGGAGAUGGUGGCCCACGGGUACCUGAGCCACGGGGAGGCGCAGCACAGCGUGGACAAGCUGGUCAACAUGACGUACAUUUUUCAAAAACUUGCUGCUGUCAAAGACCAAAGAGAAUGGGUCACCACAAGUGGAGCCCACAAGACAUUAGUAAAUUUACUCAGUGCCCGAGAUACUAAUGUUCUGUUGGGUGCCCUUCUGGCCCUGGCUAGUUUGGCUGAAAGUCCAGAAUGUAGGGAGAAGAUAAGUGAACUCAACAUUGUAGAAAAUCUUCUGAUGAUUUUACAUGAAUAUGAUUUGCUUUCCAAAAGGCUGACGGCGGAGUUGCUGCGCCUGCUCUGUGCCGAGCGCCAGGUGAAAGAGCAGUUGAAACUCUACGAGGGGGUGCCUGUGCUCCUCAGCCUGCUCCACUCGGACCACCUGAAGCUGCUCUGGAGCGUCGUCUGGAUCCUGGUUCAGGUCUGUGAGGACCCCGAGACCAGUGUGGAAAUUCGCGUCUGGGGAGGCAUCAAGCAGCUGCUUCACGUUUUGCGAGGAGACAGAAAUUUUGUUUCUGAUCGUUCUUCCAUUGGAAGCCUGUCUAGUGCCAAUGCCGCAGGCCGAAUCCAGCAGCUUCACCUGUCGGAAGAUUUAAGCCCUCGGGAAAUACAAGAAAAUACUUUCUCUCUGCAAGCAGCCUGCUGCGCGGCCCUCACUGAACUGGUGCUCAACGACGCCAACGCCCAGCAGGUGGUUCAGGAAAACGGUGUAUAUACAAUAGCAAAAUUAAUUUUACCAAACAAACAAAAGAACGCAGCAAAAACUAAUCUAUUACAGUGUUACGCAUUCAGAGCCUUGAGAUUUCUCUUCAGUAUGGAAAGAAACAGACCCCUCUUUAAAAGACUUUUCCCCACCGACUUGUUUGAGAUCUUCAUUGAUAUUGGACAUUACGUUCGUGAUAUCGCUGCUUACGAAGAAUUGGUAUCAAAGUUGAAUUUAUUAGUGGAGGAUGAACUGAGGCAAAUUGCUGAGAAUAUCGAAAGCAUUAAUCAGAAUAAAGCUCCUUCGAAAUAUAUAGGCAACUACGCAAUUUUGGAUCAUCUUGGAAGUGGAGCUUUUGGUUGCGUUUACAAGGUUAGAAAGCGUAGUGGUCAAAAUCUUUUAGCAAUGAAAGAGGUCAAUUUACAUAACCCAGCGUUUGGAAAGGAUAAAAAAGAUCGGGACAGCAGUGUAAGGAAUAUUGUUUCUGAAUUAACCAUAAUUAAAGAGCAGCUUUAUCAUCCCAACGUCGUACGCUAUUACAAAACAUUUCUGGAAAAUGAUAGUUUGUAUAUAGUUAUGGAACUUAUAGAAGGGGCCCCUCUUGGAGAACAUUUCAGUUCUUUGAAGGAGAAACAACAUCAUUUUUCUGAAGAGAGACUAUGGAAGAUAUUUAUACAGCUGUGCUUGGCUCUUCGGUACCUGCACAAGGAGAAGAGGAUUGUCCAUAGAGACCUGACGCCAAACAACAUUAUGUUGGGGGACAAGGACAGAGUGACAGUCACUGACUUUGGCCUGGCAAAGCAAAAACAAGAAAGCAGUAAACUUACAUCUGUUGUGGGGACAAUUCUGUAUUCCUG